GUUUGCUGUGGAGGUCUUGCUGGCAUGCUAUACAUGUAAUCCAUUUGCUUGUGUUUGAAACAUGUCCUCUUUUUCCGUGCUUCCGCUUCGUCGUGCGUUGUUUUGCAAGAGACUACUCUUGCUUGUUCUAUCUACCUUCUCCCCACCGCCCGGGUGGAGGUCGAGUGUUUUGGAAAUACGAAAUCUUGCUCGGGCGACUACGGUGACAGCUGAUGCCACAAGUACUGCAACCACUGUCGCCGACGCAGCAAAAACCUCACUUCUGGACGACCUGGCCUACGAAUCCCCACCGGCAACGGAGUCGUUCGACGACCAUGUCUUUGCUGCGUACAAAGACCUGGACGACCUGGACUGCGCUAGCAUGCGAAUACCCUUACGCGAAAAGGACUGGAACCACAUCAUGCACUUCAUUUCCAACAACGGCACGCACCACCACACGAGGCUCAAGGACUUCGACAGUCUACCCCUACUGGUUGACGAACAUCAAACAGAGACGGAAGUAGAACCCUCCGAGGAACUACACCAAGCGUCGAGCACCAGUUCCGCAGAGCAGGACGACACAAAAAUCGUGGAUUUGUAUGCCGAAACGAGGAAAACAAGGACCGGCUUCAGCCUGGCACAGCCAAGUACAACCCCCAAAACCCACGCCCACACGACCGUCAGUCCGAGGAGCUUCUUCGACCUCUCCAGUGACACGCAGCUGAUUCUGGAAUACCUCUCCCGCCUGAUCCCCCAACGGCACCCGGAGCUCGGGCGGAACAUCCAGGGCCCCUGGCAGGGCGUUCUAAAGGCGAAAAUGAUGUCAAAAAAGUGGCCGGAGCACAUGAUCCAAUGCCCGAAAAUUCCGCGUUUGCAGACGCUUCUCCUCGAAAACGGCUGCCCGAUGGGCGCACUCGCCGUCGCUGCGCACAAGGUGCUCUGCAUGGCGCAGCUCGCGAACUUGUUCCUUUCCCGGAAGCACGACCCGCGGUUUACUUCCGCGGACAUAUACCCGGAGGCCUUUUACUUCCGCCCCUCGAUUGCGGAUUUUGGAACGUUCGUAGACGAGUUCGUCGGCUCCGCGGUAUUUCACGAGGUGUACGCCAAGCCGCUAGUCGGGGUCGAGACGUAUGGGGUAGAAGGAACCGGGUACAACAACGUGACGAAUAAGAGAGCAAGAACUCAUCCUGCGCGACCCCCUAUUGACUCGGCUUCCGCGACUACAGAUAUAAUUACAGAAGAUCCUACAGCUCCAGCUAGUAGCCCACGACAGGAUCCGAACACCUAUUUCCCCGAGGAGAUGCAGCAAGACGCCGUGCCGAUGGAGCGAGACGAGAGGGAGUACGCCAGUUAUCCGGAAUUCGAGAAGUUCGCGAAGGAGACGCCGUACGGGGCGAUCCAGGACCUGUUGCACAAAUCGCUCGAGAACCUCGACCGCGUCUGGAACGUGGUGAAAUCUAGCUUGCGACUGGAGUCCUUCCUCGGGUCGAAGUGGCGGGUGCCCCGGAGAUUGGCGAUGGUGGAGCACAUACUGGACGCGUAUUACGGUACCGGUUUCGUUAGGGUUCCACAAGAUACUGCUGAAGAGAUGAUCAACGAGGAACAGCGACAAGGAGCUGCAUCAUCUCCAGGCGCCGGUGGAGGUGGUCCUUCCGCACCUCCCGCUCUCGUUUCUGUCCACGAGGCCCUGGGGAUUUCCCAACCGGCUUUCUACACGCCAACAGCGCCGGAAGGGACGAGUGCAGCUGGGGGAGAAUUCGUUCCUGAACCCGGGCGGGUGCUGGGGAUCGCGGAUUGGCAGGUCCCGCGGGAAUUUGUCGAAGCGUACUUCCGCAAGUCCAACUGGACCAUGCGCGUCAUGCCGGCGAUAUUUGAGGAAGUGUUGCUGAAACAGUUCUUCUGGGGCGCGGGUUUGGUCGGAAAAAUCCGCGACCGGUGGCCGGAGUCGCUGCGCUCGCUGGUGGGACAGAUUCAAUUGAGCGAUGGUUCAACAACAUCAUCAACCUCCGAGAACAUAACCCGGGCGAAAGCGGUGCUUCUGAAUUACUACCGCCUCAUGUGGGUUCUCUCCGCAAUGGGGGCGGGCAUGGGCUCGGGCUAUUCAGGGGAUUUCGAGAUGUUGGGGCCCACGUUUGAUCGGUACUUGCGGAAGGCGAGCUUUUCCGGGCUGAUUCUUUCGCAGCUGAACCUGUUUGCACUUUUGGGUUUUCUGGAGAUCCUGAUGUGGCACCGGUUCGGGUGGAUGCGGGGGAUCUGGUACGAGGACAUGCGGGACCCGACCAAAUGGCUGGCAGUUUCGGAUGCGGAGUUUGGAAAAGAGGGUCGUGAAAGCGGCGGGAGCUCCUCGUCCUCCGACGGUAGAGAGGAUGACUCUUCUUCCUCAAGCAAAAAUAAGAAGAAGCAACAAGCUACGUGGCAUCGCAUCUCGCAGAGGACAGCGGGACUGAUCAUGGAUGAGCAGAAACAGAAGCUGAAAGCCGCUGCUGCUGCUACUGCGAGUGCAACUACUUCGGUUACCUCUACCAAAUACCCCACUCCGGCAACUCGCCAUCUCCUCCCCAAUCGCCGCACCCUGCAGCUCCGGUUGGAGCACCUCACACUCCUGCAACGGAUGCACCAGUGGCUGAAGGAAACAAGAUUUGUCCGCGGCAAGCACAUCGUGUACUUUAGUUUCGCGUUCGGAAAUUUUGCGGCAAACCGAAACAUGUCGAAGUCCUUUCUCCACUACGUGAAGAAUUCCGGAAUCACGCACUACAUCUGGAUGUCGGAAAUUCCGCAAGAGGACGAGGUGCCACUGGAAGAGGGCGAUCGUUUACAACUAGGAGCAGAACAGCUGCCAGGUACAACUACAAAAUCUGGAUCGUCUUCUGCAACACAAACUGGUCCAUCCGCCGUGACGACGAAGCUACAGAAGACCCCAGUUGCAGGUUUCGAAGAGUGCUUGAAGGCGCAGAAGGCCAUCGAAACGGACGCGGAAUCGAAGCUGAAUCUCCUCUGCCUCCCGCUCUCCGUCGACAACGGUUCGUGGAUGCCCAUCGACAUUGCGAUGAUGGGCAAGAACCUCCCAGCGCUGCUGUUGAUGCGGCUGGGGGUCGACUUCGUGGUCACAGACAUGGACAUUCUGUAUUUGCGCGACCCGUCGCCUUUCCUCCUCCGCGCCGCGUACGGCUCCUUCUCCAGACACACGCAGUUCCACAGCAUUCGCGACGGCGUGCAGUUCGUGUCGCAGCAAGACCAGGAUCUCCAUCCGCUGGAAGACGACAGCGUCGAGGCAAUGACGCACAGUGCUAGAGUACAGGCGACGGUGGCGCAGGAACUGUUUCCAGGAUGUGGUGGUACUGUCGCGACCACAUCAGAGCUGCAGGCAGAAAGCUCCACUUCCAGUUCAUCUUCCGUUAGCACGGUCGUAGCAGGGUCGACGUCAGCUGCGGCAAAGCCUAAAGAAAAACCGGUGAUUACCCCGUUUUCCUCCCACUUCAUUAUUUCUGAGCACUGGGAAUCUGCGUCGGUGAACAACGGUUUUUUCCUCGUGAAGGCCACGAAAAAAUCCGUCCAGACCAUGCUGCACUACAUGCGGUGGAUGCAUUUUCUGCCCUUUGGCCACGACCAGAACGGGUUCGACGCCUGGACCUGCGUGACGGAGACCGACGAGCCCUGCUCCCCGCGGCUGAACUACCGACGGAACGCGACCAUGCCGGCCUUCGACAAGCAGCAGGAGCACCGGGUUUGCCCCCUGAUCUUCUCCCUGAACCAGAACCUGUUCGCGUCCGGGUCCGGGUUCCGGGGUGAUACGGAAAAGUUCACGCCCUACAUCUUCCACCUCACCGGGGGGUAUUUAAAAAGGAAGUUGAAGCGGAUCCGAACUUUGAUGGGUCGGGAGGACGGCAUCACCAUUCCCUGGCGGCCUUUCUUGCACGAAGUUGCGGAGCACACUACGGGGCACGGGAACAUCGGGUCUUUGCGCACGAUUUUGCUGAACUACGAACCGGAAAAACCGGAGUCGUACUUCCUGUACAAACUGGUCAGACUAGAUUCGCGAACCAUUCUGAAGGAACCGGGAUUGUUCGAUGACGACCAGGACGAGCUGCUGCUUCUUGGUGGGAAAAAUAACGACGGCGGCGAGACAAACACAAAGGCAAAAUCGGUACUUCAUUCCGGCAAAAACGCGUGGGAAUCCUGUCGGAACGGCAGGAAAGCCGAGGUUUGGGGGUAUUACCCUUCGCCGGAUGAAAGUGCUACCAGCACCACUGGGCGGGAGGCAACAUCAUCUUACAAGGACCGGUAUCGAAUCUCGCGGUUGCCCAGUAUUACGCUGACCCCUGCGUCCCUCGCAGGAGACCUGUAGCUCGUUGUGGUCGUUCUUCGAAAACCUGCACGAAUGCAAAUCUUUUUCACAAUGGAACUUCGAGUUCCUUUGUUCAUAUUCUUAUGUUGUUCAGAAACCGGAAAGAACAAAGACAAACCUUUAUCUUUUUUCUGUGCUUGUUGCCCUUGCGCUUCAGAAGAAGCUUGUGACUCAACAGAGAAAGUAGAAAAACAGAAUGCAACUGAACAAGACACACUUUCUGAUGUGAGAAGUAGAUUUCAGUUGUUGGCGCAGAGACAGUUUUGUUUGUUCGAUGUGCUGCUUGUGUGACCACGCCGCGAAAACUGAAACCGCGGAGACGUCUUUGAGGACUAAUCAUUUAUAGUUCGUUGCCAAUGAUGUUGAUGAACAGGGGCCGAUAUUUGAGAGCAAGAAGUUGCUGCGGACAACGAGCAUGCUGUUUUAUCAAUCCUAAAACCCGGGAUUCCGAACAAAUUAUCUAGGUUUUCAUGAUUCUCCGUCAAAAAAAGCAGAAGAAAGCGGGACCACUACUGCAAUUGAGUUGUCAGCAAAACAGACUCCACAUCCAAGAUGAUAAAGCACACGGAGCAGUACGGGGGCGGUUCGCGAAACCUGUACGAAGAGCUCUCGCAGGAUUUGGCGAGAAGAAGGGAAAAGGAGAAGAAUUUUGUGAUCUGCAUUUUCUGCUUCCUCGGCGCCGCGCUCGGCUGGCUGUUUCUGUACACGGUUUUUGCUCUGGUUUCGAGCUUGCAGUGAAGACGACUCCCGGUAGUUGUACUUACAACAGACGACAUGUAGACGGCUCGGUGCUUACUUGUAGGAUCUUCGAUGAUGGAAAAUAGAAAAUGAAAUGACGUUUCGAGCACAUCACGCGCAGGCACACGGCGCAUUGCGGAUACGGAAGAUGUCACCUCCACAUAGCACCAUCCGUGCCAGUUUCAGACAGAAUGGUAUACAAGAUGAUGAAAUAAAAAUCCUUUGCUGCCGCAGCUAAGCAGUACUAGACGAAC